AUGAUUUCACAACGAUUUCAUUUCAUCUUAAAUCAAGUAUCUGCAUCUAUUAUCGAGAGUCAAAUAGACAAACCUAUCUGUGAAUUAUCAUUAAUAUUAUCCAAUGAACAAUAUCUAAUGCAAUCAUUGAAUAAUACACAAGUAUCAUUUUCAUCUCCUCUUACUUGUAUUCAUCAUGAAUUUGUAUAUCAAGUAAUGAAACAUCCACAAAAACUAGCUGUUGAACUUGAUGAACAAUCAUUGACGUAUUGUGAACUCUUACAUUAUGUUCAAGUAUUAUCUUUAACUCUUCUUAAUGAAUAUCACGUGUUGGCAGGUGAGGUUGUGUGUCAAUGUGUUGAGCGAAGUUUGUCAAUGGUGAUUGGUAUAAUGGGAAUUGAAAUGGCUGGUGGUGUCUAUUGUCCAUUAUCACCUCGAGAUCCACAACAUCGUUUGCAUGCUCUUGUACAACAAACACAAAGCCGUCUUGUUCUUGUUCAUCAUUUGACAAAAACUAAAUUUAGUAGUAAUUUUAUUUUGUUUGAUAUUAGCUUGGUUUUGUUUAGCAGUAAUGUGGAUAGAGAAAAUGAUGUUAGUGGACUGGAAAAUAUAUCAAUUACACCUGAUCAUAUAGCUUAUAUCAUUUUCACAAGUGGUUCGACUGGAGCACCAAAAGCGAUUCAAAUUCGACAUCGCAAUAUUAGCCAGGAUAUGAAAUCUAUGGUUUUUAUUGAUGCAGUUAACAGCAAUGACAUAGUUGCACAAACUGUACGUUGUUCAUUCGACGUUCAUCUUUUAGAGAUUAUAGGAACACUCAUACUUGGUGGAACAUUAGUUAUGUUUCGUCCUGAUGGAAUUUUAGAUCUUGAGUAUUUUAGUUCAGUAAUAAGAGAAAAACAGAUUACUUGUAUACAAGCUGUUCCAAGUCUAUUUCGAACCCUGUUCAGCUUUUUUGUAGAAACGUGUCAGUCAUUUCACAGCUUAUGUUUAAGAUCUCUUUGUAUCAGCGGUGAAGCAUUCACUCCUGAUUUAAGUAAAGUGCUGGCAAGCUGUACAGCAGAAACAUGUCUCAUAUGGAAUAUAUAUGGUCCAGCAGAAACAAUAAACUCCACAUUUCAACGUGUUUAUCCAGCAGCAAAUGUAACAAUGAUUCCAAUUGGUUUAUCAAUGCCGAAUUAUUCAUGUCUUAUCUUAGACACAUAUAUGCAGGCUGUUACCAUCCGUGAAGAAGGCGAACUGUACAUAGGUGGAGUGGGUGUCUUUUCUGCUUAUCUUGGACGAGAUGACUUGACAGCAACAGCUCUUAUUGAAAUAGAUGGUCAACUAUUUUAUCGAACAGGUGAUCAUGUUACAAUGGAUAACAAUGGUCUUCUUCAUUAUCAAGGAAGAAAAGAUCAUCAAAUCAAACUA